AUGGCCGCAAGCCUGGAAGCCAGCCCCAGUUAUGAUGACUAUUAUGGAGCGCCCGCCUGGCUCUUCGACUCGUUACAUGUUGGCACCUCGGCCACACAACACGCCCAAUCGGGCAAGGAGUGCGCCGACGGCAGAUCGGGAUUGCAAGCAUCGCCAAACUCCAGCGCUGCUAUGCAGACCUCCAACUCAAAGACAGUCCAUCGUGACGUUGGAUUGAUGUCAACCUCAUGGCUUCGAAUAUACAUAUCUGGACGUCGGGGGGCUUAUUUGACAAGACUUCUUUACAGUCCCCCGAGCACCCAGAUUGCGUUCUCGAAAAGCCCACUGGAGUAUAUUGUCACCAUGAGACAACCGUCGAUGUUCGAAAAAUGGGUUACAAUCCCCCUUCGACGUCUAUACCUCAAAUCUUCCAGCUUGUGGAAGAAGUACCGGACUAAAGCCCCAUCAGGAUCACCGGGCGACUCAUUGCUCUUUCAAUUUCCAUGCGAUGUGGUUUAUUAUAUGGUGUCCAAUACAGGUCUCUCCCAAGCCGACAAGUUAUCGCUAGCGCUGACAUGCAAACCUCUUUGGAACUUUUUGCACGGGCAGAAGAUUCUGGACAGACUUGUAUUGCGAGAUGACUGGGAGUUUUAUCCAGAAGAAAAACAAGAGCGCGUUGACUUUCUCCGGCGGAUUGAACUUUUGUUUCCGGCGCGUUUCCUCUGUUACCGAUGUGCGAUUUACCAUCACCCAUGCUGGCACUGCCUAUACAUCCUCCAUCUCACAGCGUGUGAACAGGAAUCCGGCGUAUUUCAGGUGGCGUAUUAUACUUGUUUAUCCUUCUCCAGAGCUCAUGAGAUUAUAAAACGCUCUCGAUACGGCGACUUGCGCCCCCUUACCGACAUUCAAUACUGCUUUACAGACCAAGGAGUUGUUUCAAGAUUCAGCGCCAGGAUCGUAGCCGGCGAGCUGGUCGUGAAACUAGAUUCUUCAAUUCUAUUCGUGCGAGGCGACCUCAACUCCAAGGCGCGGGCGUUGUGGAAUCUGGAGACAUCCGGCCCUCCCCACUGGUAUCAUAUCCGCCGUGCGUUCCGUUCUCUAGAAACCACGGAGAGCGCGCGAAUUCGUUUACAGUGCAAAGAGUGCCGCCGCGAGGGCCACCUCACUCUCAGCCCUGCAUUUGAUGCCGUUCGUGGUGAAGUUAGGUUUACUCAAUGGUGUAACUUGGGCCCCUGCAGAGACCCUGCCGACCGCACAUGGCAGCGGGUAUCCGGAAGCUGUCACGGGCGUUGGGUCCCGCCUCCUUUUUUCGAGUCGGAAUAUCAACAAUACUUUGAUGACGUUUCUCCUCGGUUUUCGCGACGAAAACGACCAGUGUGCAUCCCUAGUCGUGCCCCUUGA